AUGGAGAAUUUGAAGCACAUUUUCAAUAUAACUCGAACUAUCCAAGAUACCAAGGCGGCUCUGGAUCAAGGAAAACUACUUGUAGCUCACAAAAACAUAAUGGAUCUUGAGCUGGCUAGGGAUGAGUUGUUAUUCGAGGUGCACAAGUCUGAUUCUCCCAACAAGGACUAUGAGAAAAAUGUGAAUUUCCGUUAUACUCUUUGUGGUAACCUUGAAUUAUUUCAAGAAGUUUUUAAGCUUCUCGUGACUUUCUUCAUAAAAGUCGAUGAAUUAGUAACUGAUCUGAGUAGCAACAUGUGGUUUAUUAUUGGCCGUGCGUUGGAGAUGGUGAAGGGCAGCGAAAGUGGUAGUGGUCCUCAAGAACUGGUCUCAUGUAUCCGUAUCAUUGAGCGUGAAGAACGAAUUGACAGCUACUACCUGGAUAAAAAAUCGCGUGGCAGUGUGUUUAUGCCGCCAGGACGACCUCGCCAAUGGCGAAAAAAAGCUUUUGAGGUUGGUGAUCAGCGCACGUCCUUACUACUUUGCCUUAUGUUAUGA